ACGGCCCACACUCGAAUGUUAUGUGUAAAAAGUGCGACUGUAAGUAAAGCCUACGUCAUCAAAACGCGACGUGACGAUUUCAUGUGAACAAUAAGCGCGAAGCGUAGACGUUGAAGCAAAUGCUGUGAAACAAGUCGUUUAUGACAUCAUCGUGUAGGUUAUAUCGACCACGCUGUUUUUCUGUUGUAGCUGCUAAUGAAUCCCUUAAUUAGACGGAGGCUUCCGCCGUCUGUGCGGAGUCUCCUGACAGACAUCGGUCCUAAGGAGGAGUGGAAUGACACUGAGGCUGACCCUGUGAGUAGAGAUGGCGUUCUGCUUCCGUCCAGAGCUGCUGCCUGUCAGGAAGAGGAGUUCCUUACACCCGCCAAGACACGAAAUGAAGAGUCUACAAAGGAUGGAAGUAGUGACAGGGGGACAGCAGUCUGUAUGUUGUGUAAAAGUAAACCCUCUUGCUACACAUGUCCUCGGUGUAACCUGCAUUAUUGUGGCUUGGCUUGCUACCGGAGCCCUGAUCACUCUGCCUGCUCUGAGGAGUUUUAUAAGGAAUCAGUUCUACAGGAGCUGAAGAAUAUGGGGAAAACCGAAAGUGAGGGGAAAAAGAAAAUGCAAGAGAUUCUCAUGGGACUCAGACAAAAGGCAGAAUGUAAAGAAGGGGGGAUGGAAAGUUUAUUAAAAGAAGUAGGCAUUGUGUCAGAUGACGCAGACAUCGGAAAACAAGUUGCCACAGAAGAAGUGCAGGUUGUGGAGCUCCUGUCCAGGUUAGCAGAAAUCCAACAGUCUGGAGAAGGAAGUGAAGCUGAGAUUGUGGAUAUUCUAAAAAAACUUGAAGAGAUUGAUGGAGGUGAGCUCUCUGGCAUAGACACCACUGAAAAUUUAGAGGAGGAGGUAGACUUGGCUGAUCGGCUGUCAGGUCUAGUUAUUGACGAACUUUCAGAAGAGGAGCUGUGGGAACUUCUCAACAGUAAAGAGAAAGAGACAUUCUUGGGUCUGAUGAAAAGUGGAUCUCUUGGCAAGCUGGUUCCUGCAUGGAAGCCAUGGUGGGAGGAACAUGAAGAGGGAGGUGGAUCAUUGGUGGAGGAGCUUUCUGAAGAAAUGGGCAAACUCGACACAGAAAAUGUGAAAGCUCUGGUACAGGAUCAUAAAGUGAAGACAUCCCCUAUUCAGAAACAGGGCAAAACACAUUUGAACCUGAGCAACACACAGGAAACGAGCAAUAGCUCAAGUUCAAAAGUGCCACCAAUUUCUGCAAAAAUUCCAAAGUUAACCUCCUUGUGUGCGAAUCCAUCUGUGCUGGUGUGUUACAGCUUGGUCAAUGCACUUUUUGGCUACACCUUCACUCUGUCCUUGUUAAAUGGUGAUACUGACUCACUUAUGUUUGAAUUCUGUGACAUGAUUCUUGCUCUGUCCGAGGCACUAAACUCAAGCAGGGUGUUCAGCUCUAUCAAAGACGCCCUUGAAUCUGGAGAAAGUCUCGUUUUAGGUGGUGGCUACUUUGACAAGGAGGAUCCUCUGGCCUCAGACAGGGCAGUGGAAGCUGUGGCUCACAUCAUGACCGGCAGAGACAGAAAGGAUGCUACAGGAUACUGCCUCGCAGCGCUGAGUCAGCUUCGCUCUGUGCUCUCCAAGGCCAGAACAGCCUUGUCGAAAGAGGGACAGGAAGGGACAAGGAGACGGAACUACUUCCUGGCAAGCAAGAAAUGUGAAUUCUUUCAAGCCUGGGUUAUGGACAAUGCACAACAAAUUCGUAAAGUAGCUCUUGAGUUGUGGAACGAAUACAGUAGAAAAGAGAGUGUAAGGAAGAGCAUAAAGGAAGCAAAGACUGCAGUUGAGAAGGUACUGGAGAAGAGGAAAGGGGAUAAUACGCUUAUUGAAGAACUGAGUUAAUAAAGUGUUGAUGUUGUUAAAAAGUAGUAAUUUCAUAAAAUACCUGACAGGGAAUUUCAACCCUAUAAAGUAAAGAUGAGAUGAGAUUGUACUGUACAUAUUGUACUGAAUAUAACCACUUACAACUUACAGUGAAUUAUUCAGUUUGCAGAAUUUAAGUAUGCUAUUAACUCUCUGGCCUUUAAAAUACAUGGUUCCUUCUCUGAGCAGUUUUAUUUUAUAUUAAACAUUUAUUCAAAUUAAAAACUGUAAACGAAUAAUUUUAUUAAUAAAAUAUUGUUGAAUAGUU